UAUAUAUAAAACACCACCGCUCGACAUAACUGACGCAGUUUCAAACCUUUACAAAAUGAGUGAUAAGCACGUGUGUACCGCCGAGAGCGCUCCGCAGAGUAUCAACAUGAGCGAUGAAGUUGAAAUGUUUAACCAUGCAAAUGGAAUUUCAAGAAGAGAUGUAAAAAAGUGCCUUGAGGAGUAUUCGCCCAGAUUCAACUGGCCGAAAAGCAAAGCAAGGGUCCUGGAUGUCGGAAGCUGCGACGGCAGUGUUACUACAAUACUAUCUACAUUCCUGCCCAGUGACUACGAAGUUCUCGUUGGAGCCGAGAUUAACCCAAAAUCUGUUAAAUUUGCAAACGAUAAAUAUGGGAAUAAACGGAUCAAAUUUGUUGAAAUGGACAUCGCGGGAACUUUACCAGAUGACAUGAAGGAGAGUUUCGACCACGUGUUCUCGUUCUUCACAUUUCACUGGGUUAAUGACCACUUGAAAUCUUUCACGAAUAUAUACAACAUGUUACAGAAGGACGGAGAGUUCUUUGCCGCAUUUAUAAUAUUUAGCGAUGUAUAUUUAAUAUUUGAAAUGUUGUAUAAAACUAAAAAAUGGGGGCCGUGGAUGCACAACUUCGAUAUUUUUCCGUCGCUGUAUUAUGAUUUUGAGGAUCCAGAUGUUCCUGUAACAAAAAUGUUAAAAAAUAUUGGAUUCAACGUUCACGAUGUGAGAUGUAAACAAAAGUUAUACUAUUACGAAUCAGUUGAUAUAAUGAAAGAAUUAUUGACAGCAGUAAAUCCUUUUGAUAUCCCGAAGGACUUGUGGCCGGAAUUUCUGGAAGAGUUCAUUCAAAUCCAGAGAAACAUGCACCUGGUGAGUGAGAAAGGCGUCAAGAGUCACUAUAACUUAAUGAUAAUCCAUUGUUCUAAGUAACCAAACGAAAGGUGAAUUUUGCAUUUUUAUGUUAUAUUAUGGGUAAAUAGAUAUUUUGUUUCCAUUC